AUCGAUUCCAUUUGAUGCGAGUUUGGGCUUGGACCGAGUUGUUUACCGAAUUGGGAUCAAAGCCGGGGUAGAUUCCGUCGAUCCUGGGGCUGUUGACUGACUACCUUAACUAAUGGGCAGUGAUAUCAUGUUUUAUACAUAAACCAACACUAACACUCCCUUUUGUCUGACAUCUAAACUCAUCUUUCUCGGUUUUUAUUCAUAGCAAGCAAUACUCUACCUUAUUUAAACACAAUACAGCCAGCCACAAUGCCUGACAAGAAAAAGUCACCCGCCUACGUCCUCGGCGUGGGCAUGACCAAGUUCAUCAAACCCCGUGGCAAAGUCGACUACACCGAGCUCGGUUUCGAAGCCGGUAUCAAAGCUCUUCUUGAUGCCCAGAUCAACUACGAUGAUGUUGACCAAGGCGUUGCAUGCUACUGCUACGGCGACAGCACAUGCGGCCAGCGCGUCUUCUACCAGUUCGGCAUGACCCAAAUUCCUGUCUACAACGUCAACAACAACUGCUCAACAGGCAGCACUGGCCUCAACAUGGCCAGAACCCUUGUUCAGCACGGUGCUGCUGACUGUGUCAUGGUCGUGGGCUUCGAGAAGAUGGCCGCGGGCAGUCUGCAGAGCAACUUUAAGGAUAGAGAGAACCCUACUGGGACGACGAUCAAGAUGAUGGCUGAGACUAGGGGCGUCACUAAUGCUCCUGGGGCUGCUCAGAUGUUUGGUAAUGCCGGAAGAGAGUACAUGGAGAAAUACGGAGCAACGGCUGAGGACUUUGCAGAGAUUGCACGCAUCAACCAUGCCCACUCCCCCAAGAACCCCUACUCUCAGUUCCAACAAGUCUACACCAAGGAGCAAGUCCUCCAAUCUCCCAUGAUUCACGAGCCCCUCACCAAACUCCAAUGCUGCCCAACUUCAGACGGCGGCGCAGCAGCCAUCAUUGUAUCUGAAGCCUUCCUCAACGCUCGUCCUCACCUGCGAGAACAGGCUGUCGAGAUCGCAGGCCAGCAUCUCGCAACUGAUGCACCAAGUCUCUUCUCCCAAAGCUCCAUUGACCUGAUGGGCUAUGAGAUGUCUCAGCGUGCUAUGAAGGAGGCUACUCAACAAGCUGGUAUUUCACCUCGUGAUUGUCAGGUCGUUGAGUUACAUGAUUGUUUCAGUGCAAACGAGAUGAUCACCAUUGACGCUCUUGGUCUCUGUGACAAGGGUAAAGCACACGAGCUCGUUCGCUCAGGAGAUAUCACCUACGGAGGAAAAUACGUCAUCAACCCUUCGGGCGGUCUAAUCUCCAAGGGUCAUCCCCUCGGCGCAACAGGCAUUGCGCAAUGCGCUGAGUUGGUCUGGCAUCUUCGAGGCUGGGCCAACAACCGUGCUGUGCCCAACACACGGUACUGUCUUCAGCACAAUCUCGGUCUUGGAGGCGCAGCAGUGGUUACUGUUUACAAGAGAGCAGACGGGGGGGUUGCUCAGGCUGUGAACUCGACCAUGGUUGGUAACAGGAACAAGUUGGGAUAUAACCCUGCUGUUGAGGCCAAGGGGUUCACCCAGGAGCAGGUUGAUUUGGUGAGGAGCAAGAAGAACAGGAGUGAGUGGGCGUUGCAGGACGUUGAGAAGAAGGUUGAGGCGAGGUUUUAAGAAGAGUAUGUGACGUUCUUGGAUGGAUUGGCCAAGCAGUUAAUGUGGUCGAAUACAUACAUGUCAUGAAUAUAUUUACUGCUGUGUCACACAUUCAUUCACUUGAGCAGCAGACAUAGCACGAAAACUACAUACACC